GCUUAGGUGACGGACGUUUACUGGAUGUCAGAGGUCCAGGAAGGGCAGGGCUGGUUUCUCAAGGCCUCUGUCCGUGUCCUCGCGUGGCCUUCCCUCCGUGUGCUGUCCUGGGGUCGCUCCCUCUGACAAGGAUGCCAGCCCUGUGGGAUCAGGCCCCACCCUCAUGACCUCUGCUAACCUUAAUCACCAGCCACACGGGCUUCAACGUGAGAGUGUGGGGACACACCUUAACCCCUGAGGCCUGCACGUGCUCUCACACAGCUGCUGGCCGCUGCACUGGUCCAAGCUGCUUUUGGACACCUGGGCUGGUGAUCAUGCUGUGUGGCCUGGGGCACUGCCACCUCUCCCCCUGCCGCUGAUGGCAGGAGACGUCCAGACUGGGAGGGGCCUGUCUCCUGGCCCAGUGUGCUGCCUCUGUGUGCCUUUCGCUGAGGGGCGAGGAUGACAUGAAUGUGGCACCUUCACUCCUGAGGGGUCUGCCCUGUGCAGGGAGAGUGGUGCCCAGGAGCAAGUCGUGUGGAGGGGUCUCCAGACCACCCUGUUCAGGCAGUUUGGCCAGUCAGAGGGAUGCCACCUCCUGGGGAGACCAGCACGCGUGAGGGAGGGCUGGCUUCUCCGUGGCCUCCCGCCCUCCCCGCCCCUCCUCCGCAGCCCUUAUAGCCACAUCCUGCAAGGAAAAACCCAGACUCCUGCAUCGCCCGCCCGUGAACCAAGGAUGUGCGUGGGGGCUCAGCGGCCCCGGGCGCCCUGUGCAGCGCUCCUGUUCCUGGGGCUCGUGUUGGGCGCUACGGCCAAGCCCAGCUGUGUCGGGAACACCUACCCCAGCGGCAACAAGUGCUGUCACGAGUGCCAGCCUGGUCACUGGAUGGAGAGACGCUGCACGAAGGAUCACCGCACCCUCUGCCGCCCGUGUGAAGACGGCUUCUACAACGAGGUCGUGAACUACGCCGCAGCCUGCAAGCCCUGCACCCAGUGCAACCGGGCCAGUGGGAGCGAAAUCAAGCAGAAAUGCAGCACCACGCAGGAUACCGUCUGCAGCUGCACGCCGGGCACCCAGCCCCGGGAAGGCAGCUUUAAGCUCGGAGUCGACUGUGCUCCGUGCCCACUGGGUCACUUCUCCCCUGGGAACAACCAGGCCUGCAAACCGUGGACCAACUGCACAUUGGCAGGAAAACACACACUGAGGGCGGCCAGCAACAGCUCAGACGCUAUCUGUGAGGACAGGCGCCUGCCCGCCACCCUAUCCGGGGAGACCCAGGGCCCCCCAGCCCGGCCCCCCACGGCCCAGCCUACCACUGCCUGGCUCAGGACCUCACAGGCACCCUCAACAUCCCCCACAUUGCCCCCCAAGGGACCCGAGCUGGCUGCCUUCCUGGGCGUGGGCUUGGGCCUGGGGCUGGGGCUGCUUGUCCUCAUGGCGGCUGCACUGGUCCUGUUCCUGCACUGCAAGGUCUGCAGGCUGCUGCCCGCCAACACCAAGACCCAUGGGGGAGAUGGCUUCAGGACCCCUGUCCAAGAGGAGCACGCUGAUGCCUACUGUACCCUGGCCAAGAUCUGAGCGGUGUCGCUGGGGUGGGUGAAUAGUGGGGUGCCCUCAGGCCCAGGCUGCUGCACCCUAUCACCUCAUCACCCUGUCAUCUGCCCUGCACCGUUAUAGGUGCUCCUGGGCCAGCACCUGGGGCUCAGCUAUGUAUGCUGUGCAUACUCCCCACCCAGGGUGGUAUCCCCAAUA